UAAUGCUUGAAGAAUUCCUUUGGCUCACUUAGACCUACUGCGAGCAAUACCUCUCAUAUAAAAUAGAUGCAGGGAGUGGCGGGAACAGAAGCCCUCCAGUCGGUGGAAGGGAUAGUGGUGUGACAGUGGUGGUGCUGGAGAGUGUGUCGUAGGAAUAUCCCAGACCUAGGUGUGAAUCUCAUUUCGACAGCUUACUCAACACCACCAUGCCCGGCCACGUCGUGAAGAGCACGGGUCCCGACCCCGACCCCACCGAGUUCCUGUUCAUCUCGGCUGAACAGCGAAUGCUCGACCAGACCAAGCCUUACGAUCCCAAGAAGUCUUGCUGGGUCCCUGACGAUAAGGAGGGCUUCGCUGAAGGCUUGAUCCAGGAAGCCAAGGGUGACAAACUAGUCAGCGUCCAGCUGAAGAGCGGCGAGGUCAAGGACUUUAAGAAGGAUCUUGUGGUUCAGGUCAACCCUCCCAAGUACGAAAAGUGCGAAGAUGUGUCCAACUUGACCUUCCUCAACGAUGCUUCUGUCCUGUACAACUUGAAGAGCCGUUACCAGGCCAAGCUGAUCUACACCUACUCCGGCCUCUUCUGUAUUGUCAUUAACCCCUACAAGCGUUACCCCAUCUACACCAACCGCACCGUCAAGAUCUACCAGGGCAAGAGGCGCAAUGAGGUGCCUCCUCAUCUCUUCGCCAUCUCCGACGGCGCCUACAUGGACAUGUUGCAAUCUCAGCAGAACCAGUCGAUGCUUAUCACUGGCGAAUCUGGCGCCGGUAAGACCGAGAACACGAAGAAGGUGCUGUCCUACUUCGCCAACGUCGGCGCCACCACCAAGAAGAAGGAAGAUGAGAAAAAACAGAACCUGGAGGACCAGAUCGUUCAGACCAACCCUCCCCUGGAGGCUUACGGCAACGCCAAGACUACUCGUAAUGACAAUUCUUCUCGUUUCGGCAAAUUCAUCCGCAUCCACUUCGCCCCAAACGGCAAGCUCUCCGGUGCUGACAUCGAGGUGUACCUGCUGGAGAAGGCUCGCGUGGUGUCGCAGGCCCCUGCCGAGCGUGGCUACCAUAUCUUCUACCAGAUGAUGUCAGAUCAAGUAGAUUACUUAAAAAAACUGUGUCAUCUUUCCGACGAUAUUUACGACUACCGCUACGAGUGCCAGGGCAAGGUCAUUGUGCCAUCCAUUGACGACAAGGAAGACAUGGAAUUCACACAUAAUGCUUUCACCAUUUUGAAUUUCUCUGACGAAGAACGUGACAGCUGCUACAAAGUCACUGCCGCUGUCAUGCACCAUGGUAACAUGAAGUUCAAGCAGAGGGGUCGCGAGGAGCAGGCUGAGCCCGACGGCACAGAUGCCGGUGAUAUUGUUGCUACUAUUAUGGGAGUUGAAAGUGAGGAAUUGUACAGGAAUUUCUGUAAGCCCAAGAUCAAGGUCGGUGCCGAGUUCGUCACCCAGGGUAGGAAUGUCGACCAGGUGUACUAUUCCAUUAGCGCCAUGGCUAAGGGCUUGUUCGACCGUCUCUUCAAGUGGAUCGUGAAGAAGUGUAACCAGACCCUGGAGACCGGCAUGAAGCGUGCCAUGUUCAUUGGUGUGCUCGAUAUUGCCGGCUUCGAGAUCUUCGACUUCAACGGCUUCGAGCAGAUCUGUAUCAACUUCUGUAACGAGAAGUUGCAGCAGUUCUUCAACCACCACAUGUUCGUGCUUGAGCAAGAGGAGUACAAGGCCGAGGGCAUUGACUGGGUCUUUGUCGACUUCGGUAUGGAUCUGCAGGCUUGCAUUGAGCUCUUCGAAAAGAAACUCGGCCUCCUCGCCAUUCUAGAAGAAGAGUCCAUGUUCCCCAAAGCCACCGACAAGUCGUUUGAGGAGAAGCUGAAGGCCAACCAUCUGGGCAAGUCUCCCUGCUUCAUCAAGCCUAAGCCUCCAAAGGCUGGACAGGCUGAAGGUCACUUCGCCAUCGUCCACUACGCCGGCACUGUGACUUACAACCUGAGUGGCUGGCUGGAGAAGAACAAGGAUCCCCUCAACGACACCGUCGUGGACCAGCUCAAGAAGUCCAAAAUGGAUCUCGUUGUGGAGCUCUUCGCCGAUCAUCCCGGCCAGUCUGCUCCCGCUGAGGCCAAGGGAGGUAAAAAGAAGAAGACUGGAGGUUUCAAGACUGUAUCAUCUGGCUACAGGGAUCAGUUGAGCAGCCUCAUGACGACCCUGCACUCCACUCAUCCCCACUUCGUCCGUUGCAUUGUGCCCAACGAGACCAAGUCACCAGGUGUCGUGGAGGCUGGCCUUAUCAUGCAUCAGCUGACCUGCAAUGGUGUACUUGAGGGCAUUCGUAUUUGCCAGAAGGGCUUCCCCAACAGGAUGCAAUACCCUGACUUCAAACACCGUUACAAGAUUUUGGCCGCUGACGUCAUGGCCACAGAAAAGGAUGACAAGAAGGCAGCAGAAAUGACAUUCCAGAAAUCUGGACUUGAUAAGGAGUUGUAUAGGUGCGGUAAGACAAAGGUAUUCUUCCGUGCUGGCGUCCUGGGUACCAUGGAAGAGCUUCGUGAUGAACGUUUGGCCAAGAUCAUCACUUGGAUGCAGUCAUGGAUCCGUGGACUGAUUGGACGCAAAGAAUAUGGCCGUCUUCAGGAACAACGUGUAUCCCUUGUAGUUCUGCAGCGGAACAUUCGCAAGUAUAUGGACAUGAGCAACUGGUCCUGGUUCAUCUUCUGGCAGAAGGUGAAGCCCCUCAUCAACCAACCAAGGAUUGAAGACGAGAUCAACAAGCUCAAGGACAGGGCUGAGAAGGCUGUUGCAGACUUGGAUCGCGAGUGUACUCGCCGCAAGGAGCUGGAAGAAUCCAACGUGAGCCUUGCCGAAGAGCUGAAUACCCUGAAGGAAACGCUUGAAUCCACAAAGGGCAAUGUUUCCAAAUUCAUUGAAGAACAGGCCAAGAUUAGUGCAGCCAAAGCUGACUUGGAGGCUCAGCUCUCUGAUGCUUCUGCUAGACUUCAGAAAGAAGAGGAAAAUCGCACUGAAAUGUUCCAGUUGAAGAGGAAAGCGGAGCAAGAUGUCAAUGCCAUGAGGAAAGACCUGGAAGAUUUUGAACUUAAUGUUCAGAAGACUAACCAGGAUAAGGCUACCAAGGAUCACCAGAUCAGGAAUAUCAAUGAUGAAAUAUCUCACCAGGAUGAAAUCAUCAACAAGGUUAACAAGGAAAAGAAACUUUUGCAGGAGAUGAAUCAAAAGACUGCUGAGGAUCUUCAGGCCGUCGAGGAAAAGGCCAGCCACCUCAACAAGAUUAAGGCCAAGCUGGAACAAACCCUCGACGAACUCGAGGGUUCCGUUGGACGCGAGAAGAAGCUUCGUGCUGAAAUUGAGAGGUCCAAGAGGAAGGUAGAGGGAGAUCUGAAAAUGACCCAAGAAACUGUUGCUGACAUCGAGCGCCAGCAUAAGGACCUGGAGCAAACCAUCCAGCGUAAGGAUAAGGAAAUCGGCAAUCUUGCCAAUAAACUGGAGGAGGAACAAGUGGUAGUUUCGAAGGUACAGAAGACAAUCAAAGAAAUGCAAGCCCGCAUUGAGGAACUCGAGACUGAAGCUGAGCAUGAGCGACAGGCUCGUGCCAAGGCCGAGAAGGGCAAGGGAAAUAUGAGCCGUGAACUCAAUGACCUCAAUGAGCGUCUGGAUGAGGCAGGCGGUGCAACAGGUGCUCAGGUUGAGCUCAACAAGAAGCGGGAGGCGGAGCUGGGUAAGCUUCGACGUGACCUCGAGGAAGCCAACAUCCAACACGAAUCAGCUCUUGCUAACCUUCGCAAGAAGCACAAUGAUGCUGUUGCCGAGAUGACUGAACAGAUCGACCAUCUCAACAAGACGAAGGCCAAGUAAG